AUGACCUCAGAUCUGGAUGCUGACGUGAAUGCUUCUUCACAGUGCGACGGAAAACAUCCGACCUGCUUGUCAUGUGAAAACACGAAGUCGGAAUGUCACUAUGUGCUACCGGCCGUCAAAAACCGGUCCGAGCAGAGGCUCUACAUCAGAGCCCUUGAGGAACGAGUCGCCGAGUUGGAAAGUGGUCUGUCAUACGACGGCAGGAUUGGGGUGGCGGACGAUCACUGGGAACGUUUGAGGCCUCGAGAAGACAGCUUCAAUGACCUGGCGGGGGCGAUCCGCGAGCUUUCACUCAACGCAAGUGGCUACUACGUUGGCACGACUACACACAUUGCUCUGGGUCGGAUGCUUGGAGUCGCCAUCCAAGGCCACCCUUCGUCGAAGCCAAGUCAUCCCGUACCCAAUGUUGAGCAGCACGCCGACAAAGACAGGCAAGCCACGCAAGCAUCAGGUCCAGGUCCAGCUCCAGACAUACUUCCGCCGCUUGAAGGUGUCAAACCGCCGAAACUGUCACUUUUUGCUCGUGACGAAGCUGAAGUCCUGUUUCAGUCAUACAUGAAAUCAAUCUCGACUUUGUAUCCGAUCGUCCAUUCGAAGCGGCUCCGGGGCAUACACGCGAGACGUGAGAAGCUUCAAGACCUAUGGGAAGUGUCUGUUCUUCAUUUCGUCUAUGCCAUAGGUGGGAGAAGCCUGGAGCUUAACGGCCAACCUGGCAACUAUUUCUGUGAUUUGCAUUAUGAUGCAGCAAUGGAAUGCCGAGAUGCCAUCAUCCAGUACAUUGACAGGAGGAGCAUAAUCUUUCUGUUGUACGCAACGUUAUACUGCCUCCGUGCUCCCCGAGCGCCAGGACCAUGGUUGAUGCUCGGCCUAGCAAUGAAACUGUGCACUGGCGUCGGUCUGCACCGAAAAUCGGCCGGCCAGACACUGUGUCUAGCGAGUGAACUUGACAAGAGACUCUUUUGGACCUGCUAUCACUUAGAUCAAGACGUGUGCCUGUCGACUGGAAGACCGACAAAUAUCUCCGAUUUCCAUAUUGACGUCUCCCUUCCACUAGAUAUUGAUGAAGAUACCGUCACCCUCGAAGACUUUCGCAGAGCAGCACGGCAGAACCCCGAGGUGCCAGCAAAUCCCCCUACGUCUUUGACGGGCUUUGUGCAUACCUUGCGACUGAAACGGAUACAGUCUGAAAUUCAGCAGACCAUAUAUCGUGUAGACCGACCCACGAACCCUACUCAUGAUAUGAUCGAGGGUCUUCUGGCAAAACUAGCAAAGUGGCAGCAGGAUGCCCCUACUGAUACUAAUGAUCAUGCAGCCAAGGGCUUCUCUAUGAUCCAAUACUCUCUCAGCGUUCGCGUCGUCCUCUUUCCCCAACUGUCGGAAGAUCCUGUCAAUCAACACUAUCUACAACUGUGUGCCGACGCCUGUGUCAAAGUAUGCGAGACGUACAAAAGGCUACAUCACAAGUCUAACUCGAUUUCCUACACGCCGCUAGCCACGCAGUGGCUCUUCUUAUCUGGACUUACCCUAAUCUACUGCAUAUGGCAUUCCCCUACGCUGGUUCUCACAUCCGCAUCAAGAUCUGCCGUGUACUCGUGCAGCACGAUGCUGUACGUCAUGACAGAACGGUGGCCUGCCGCUGCGCGCUACCGAGACGCCUUUGAAGGCGUCAAAGAUUCCGUGUUCGAGCUCAUCUCGUCAAGACCGCAUGAGCCGCGGUCAGUGGUUGAGGGAGUUGACAUGAGGAUGCGUUCUGCACUCGACACCCAGGACCCCGUGUUCCCCGGUUCGACUAUGAGGCAGCAAGCCGGUUUCGGCCAAAUGCUGGACGACAUAAUGGGUGAAGGUCAAAGCCACCACUCCCAGGCACAGCUCCAAGGAGGCUGGCCCAGCACCAACUGGGGCAUUGCAUUGGACAAUCUGGGCGCGACCAUCUCGGGAAGCUAUAAUUUUACUCCAGCAUUAUUGGGAACUGGAUUGACUCCUGCAUCCGGCGAGGGCGGGUUGGAAAGUCCAAAUACUAUUGAAACUGCGGCGGCGAGAAAUCACGCGAAUAUGACGAGCACUUCCACCUUCGAAGACGGCUCCAGUAUUGGCUGGGCUGUCCCGGGAAGCGCCAUCAAUCCCCAAAGCUGGGACGUCAAUUGGAAUUCACAUGGCGAUGUGCGCAUGUAA